ACCAAUCACACUCACACAUUCACACUCUGAACAGAAUGAUCAAUAAGGAGUCGCAGUCUUCAGACCACCUAACAACAGCCUCACGCAGAGGGAUGAUGACAAAAUUAGCCGUAGCUUUAGCCGCCUCCUUUCUGCUGGCCAGUAUUGCAGUCAUCAUUGCCAUAGCAGUUGUUCAAACCCAUAAGAGGACUUACAUAUCCCCUGGACUGAAGUAUGGUAUUGUGCUGGACGCAGGCUCCUCCAGGACUACUGUGUAUCUUUAUCAGUGGCCUGCUGAAAAAGAAAACAACACUGGUGUUGUGAGCCAGACCUCAAAAUGUCAGGUUAACGGACCCGGGAUUUCAGAUCUACAUAUAGACGAGGCUCAGGACAAGAAAACAUGGAAAAGUUUAGAAUCUUGCAUGGCAAAUAUAACCAAGAAAAUUCCUGCCAAUCAGCAUAGCACAACCCCUGUCUUCCUUGGGGCAACAGCAGGGAUGAGACUCUUGCACAUGAAAAAUGAAGAGAUGUCCAACACUAUCCUGAAAGACAUGCAGAGGUAUCUUGGCUCUUUUCCAUUCAAUUUUCAAAAUGCUUCCAUCAUCUCUGGACAGGAAGAAGGCCUUUAUGGCUGGAUCACUGUCAACUAUCUGAUGGGGAACUUCCUGGAGAAAGAUCUAUGGAAUGCCUGGAUACAUCCUCAUGGAGCUAAAACAGUUGGCUCGUUGGACUUGGGAGGAGCCUCCACUCAGAUUGCCUUCGCUGUUACAGAUGAUGCCAGAGGAGAAGAUAUUAUUAAAGUUUCACUCUAUGGCUAUGAAUACAACAUCUACACGCACAGUUUCCUCUGCUAUGGGAAAAAUGAAGCCGAGAAGAGAGUUUUGGCCAAACUUUCAAAGGAUGCCACCGACUGGGAUAAUGUGAUGAACCCCUGUUAUCCUGCUGAUUACAACAUCACUGUGCCCGCAGAAGAGAUUUUUGGAAGUGAAUGUACAAAGAGUCAGGCUCCUCUGAGGUAUAUCCCACAGCGAAACAUCACUUUCUUCGGACAGAGUAAUCCUGAACAGUGCAAAGCCUUGGUCAGGAGUAUCUUUGACCUGUCAUCCUGCCGUGGAGCUGAGAACUGCUCGUUUGAAGGAGUUUAUCAACCGCCAGUCAGUGGAGAGUUCAUGGCCUAUGCAGGGUUCUACUGGACCGCCUCGGCUCUUAACGUGAAGGGUUCCAAGAGUAUGGAGAUAUUUAACUACAGCAUGAAGAUGUUCUGCUCGAAGAAUUGGAUAACUCUCAAGCAAACCUUAGACAUCGCAGAACCCCAUCUGAAGUCUUACUGCUACUCGGCAAACUAUGUGCAUACUAUUCUUGCAGAUGGAUACAAGUUCAACACAGACAACUGGAAAAAUCUAAAUUUUCAGAAAGAGGUGAAUAAGACCAGUAUAGCCUGGUCCCUGGGCUACAUGCUUGCACAGUCCAACAUGAUCCCAUCAGAAGGGAAAAUCAUCAAGCUACCCAUAAACAACGUUCUCUUCACUGGACUUCUCCUCAUGUUCUCUGCUCUGACUAUUAUCACCCUAACAUACCUCGUCAUUGCGCUGGCACGCUUCUGUUAUUGAGGUUUAAGCACUUGGUUCUUGCCGGUAAGACUAGUGUCCCAUUUAGGGAGGUUUUGUAAGUCAGGAGAGAUCCUGAUGUGUCACUGCAGAUCCACCUUCUAGAGGAGUUGUUUUAAUUUUAGGAACCUCAAACUACUGUUUUGAAGGUCCAACAGUGCUAAAGUUGUCAAGAUAGGUGGAUCUUACUCAGUGUAUUGGUGACUUAAACAAAUGUGUUAUAACCUGUAAUAAAUGUAAUAAUAAAAAAGCAAACUUCUAUCCACUAAAGGGAGUGUUCAGGUCUUCCUAGUCAGGCCAUAGCAAGCUCUUAUCCACAAUAUUCCUGAGUCCCAUGAUGCUUUGUGGGCUAUGUGGGCGGAACUUCCAGUUAAGCUCAAACAAUCGUUAUGGUAAAAUAACAGAAACUUGAGAACAAAUUAUCACAGAAUUAUAUCGAUAUUGUUCUUCCCUACCUAUCCAUUAAUGAUCAUGGAUUUCAGGAUGAAAGCCAAAUAGUUAUUUUGUUGAGUCUUUAUCCAUCGAUGGAAGAACCUGAGCAGACUAACCUGAAAAAAUAUGUAGCCUAUUAGCGCCUUUACAGCUGUAAAAUGUGGACAUGUUUUGAGAACUGUAGAUAAUUAUGGUUAUUGUAAAGCAUAUAUUGAGUUUAGCCAGAACCUGAAGAUUUUGCUGUACCAAGAUUCUGUACUUACUGCAGAUACAGGGGAGGUUCAGACAGCAGGAUGUUCGUGUAACGUAACGGUGGAUAAUAUAAGUAACCCCCGCUGUUGACUUUUUGCCAAUAAAGUGGAAAGAGCACACAAACAAAUUAUUCCAAGCUAACUUAGAUGUUCCUAAGUCAUUCCUUCUGUAGGCAGCCAAUGGAAGAAGCAUCUUCUGGAACUAGAGCGCUGCGCAUUCCGAUUGGUUUCUGAUCAUAACAUUGCUGUUUUAGAUAAAAACAUCAGUUUCGCUUGUUAACCAUCAACUGCACACAUUGUCCAGGGAAUUUUAAAGACAUCUUACAACAUUUAAAAAGCAAGAAUCCAACAGCGUGGCAUGCAAACAAGCAGAAACCGGCUACACACAAAAUGGCAUCCAAUUGCUCUGCCGUUAGCCAACCAGAAAUUCUGCCCACCUUGUGAAAUAUAGCGGACUCCCUGAGAAUAUUGUGGAUACUGUGGUGUUUGAAUGAAGACACUGCAGAGUAAACAGCUGUAGCUUAUAUCAAAUGUAUCUAUUAUGGACUUAGCAAUGUUUUGAUUGUGUAUUGCAUCUAAUGUUUGUAUCACUCCACUGCAUCCUGCCUUAUGUAUUUUACAUAUCUAUUUCUGCAUGUGCUCUUCGGCACACAUUGCCUUUGGUAGAAAUAUGUCAUAAUACUCUAAAUACAUUUUAUUGUUGUAAACUGACAGUGCAGAUAGACUGAUGAUUAUAUGGCUUGAAGUUGCAGUUUACAACCAAAAAGAGCAUUAUAUUUUAUAUUGUACGUGUUUUUUGUGUACAGUAUGUUUUGCUGUUAAAGGUAACACAUCAUAAUACCAUUAAAUAGUAAACAAAUAUUAUAUAGUGAUGAUCUGUUAAGCAUUAUAUAAUGUAGCCAAGUUUGUUAAUGUUAUUAAAGUUCAUAUAAAUUGUUAUAAGAGACAUUGUGUCCUGAAUAUAGAAAAAGUUCACAUGCACAAACCUCAAGAAUUGAUGCUCAAUAAAAG